AAGACAUACGUUGCUAUAAUUGUCGGCUUUAAGAUCCCGCCAAGUAAGCUAAUGGUUUCCAGUACGAUGCCUUUAAUUCUCCAAUUUGCUUUCCGUUCCAUUACUUUUCAAGGCGACGUAGUUUAGAAAUUAAACAUCAGGUCAAAACACUGAAUAAUAUAUACUGACGCAAGAAGAAACACGUACGACUCACUUCUGAGAGGAACAUGAAACUUAAUAUUUUGUUUCCACCGAAAAGUAAUACGUAAAAUGAAAACCGACGGAAAUGAUGACAUGGAUGAGAAAAGUUUAAAUAUUGGAUAUCAAACUUAAUUACUCCGGUGUGACAAUUUGUGCUCAAUAUUGCAAUCUUUUAUUGGCGUCACAGGAUUAGAAGGCGACACUGAAAACUGUGAGCUAUCUCAAGUUGCAUGAUUAUCGAGCAAUGAUAUCGUAAGAGGUACAUCUCCAAUCACAGCCAGCCAUAGUUAUUCGCCAACAAUUCAUAUCCUGAAAUUUUCGUGAUCGUGUUGACAAGAGACAGUUUGACACAGUAGCUAUAGAAUUGAGUAGCACCAGCUAUGGAUAACACUCCGCCUAUCUCCAAUGGAUCGGUGAAUUCUACCGAAAAUGAGUUCCUAUCAAGAUAUGGCAUCUUCACUGUUUCAUCCAUUGUCAAGCUCCUGAUGUGUGUCAUGGUGGCAGUUGUGUCUUUGGUUGGCAACAUCAUCGUCGUGUUUGUGGUUUUCACGACUAAGAAAAUGCAGACAAACACUUACUUGCUUAUAGUGAACAUGAGUUUCAGUGAUUUACUGUACACCGUUAUCGCUAUUCCGCCGCUAGUCACUGGGAUUCUAGGACACCCUUUUUCCGUUCACGGUCAUUUGGGGACGUUCAUAUGCAAAUUUAUGAACGGGAUGGCUUUUGGCCUGAUCGCCAGUUCCGUCUUGACAUUAGCAGCCAUUGCUUAUGAUCGCUUUUUUGCGAUCGUAUUUCCACUAAGGAAACUGAAGAUUCAAACUUAUCUCAAAAGGAUAAUUGUUUCAAUCUGGAUUUGUUCUACUUUGGUCAUGUCGCCGAUGUUGUACGCAAUGCGUCUGUACGAAGAUAACAAUACCUCAUACUGCUACGAAGACUGGUCGCCAUAUUUUGACACGGACAAGGCGUCACAGACAUACACCGUUGCAUUAUUUAUAGUCAUUUACCUGAUUCCAUUCAUAACCAUGUUAAUAUUAUACUCCUUUAUUUCUCAUUUCCUAUGGUUCCGUAAAAUCCCUGGCAAUGGUAAUGAAACUACUAGGCGGCGUGUAAUAACCAGUCGACGCAAAGUGAUUCGAAUGCUUAUAACCAUCGUGUUGUGUUUCAUUUUGUGCUGGCUUCCUCUACAAAUAGUAACUUUUUCAGUUUACUUUGGCAAUGUUGAACUGCCUUACGAUUUUUUCUUUGUCAGUGAGUUCCUGAUAAGAGCAAACGGGGCUAUUAAUCCCAUGAUAUAUGCUACAUUUAACGAAAAUUUUCGAAGUGGGUUCAAACGAUUUCUUUGCUGUAAGGCCAACAGCCAAUCUGCAGCGCGAACAAAUUUACUUUCUCUCACGAGCUCCAAACAUUCAAACCACAACAAUGUAAAGAGAAAGUUGUUACAUAACGAAACAAAAAUUUAGUUUGGCGUAAAUAAUUCAUAGUAAGAAAAAAUUGCGAGAUAAAAAUCCGACCGAGUAGAAGGAAAAAGCUAAUUACAAGGGAAACUUCAAGUACUGAUUUCAAAAUGUUGAUCGUACAGUAAUAUAAAUGAGAACGUCAAUUUAAAUAUGAAAGCUACAAGAAAUAACAUGUAGUCACCUGUUAAGUUUUGCUGUUUAUUAAGUUGGUUGCUGUGCUAAUAAUUAAACUGUUUAGCUUUAAGGUAGUCCAAUUUAAUAUCUCUUCAACAUGAUGAAAAAAGCUAGAACUGAAUUCACUUUUCUGGCAUGAGUCCAACCUCUCUUUACGCAAACUUUCAUAAUACGUACACCUCUACGUUACAAAACAGUUCACUUGGUCCGAAGAACCCAGAACCGGUACACUUUUCCCCUCUUUGGAUGGACAUCUCUAAUACGGAUACUAAGUUUACACCUUGUUUCAACUCUCCCAGCUAACAAAAUAAAAUAAUAAAGAGAGCUCAAAUUUCGCAACAAAAUAGCAUAUUUUUCCAGUUUUACAUUUCAAUAACAAACUCAUAUUGGUCUUGAUCAAUUCAGUAAAUGGAAAUGAUUGUUCGUGUUUCCUUGCUGAAGAUUAAAAACACGUACGUGCUCCUUGUAUUUAAUUCCAAUUACUUGAGACAUGCAAACCACAGAGUGAAAUACUUCGAUUUACAUCAAAUAACGGACACUAGUAAUAACUUGAAAUUAAAAAAAAAAAUUAAUAAGUAGUUAAUUAUUGCAGCUUAUGUAAUCCUAAAUUUCAUAUCAAAUUUAAAUGUUAAGGGGAAAGUGGGUGAUUAAUUGACAAACCUUUCAUACAGUGACGCAGGCAGUUGUAUUCGCAGCAAAAGAUUAAAUACAAAUUUAAAGAAAUUGCGAGUCCACACACACCUAGAAACGCAAACUUAAAGUUAAGAUCUUGAGCUCUGUAUCGCCCUGUUGUACACACUUUUUUUAGUUAAGUAAAACUGGCUUACUUUGGUUUGAAGUUUUACAUUGAAAAAAAUCCCAAAUAAUGAGAAAAA